CUCCCGCCUGUAUUUCAAUUUCCUCCCUCCCAUGACGCUCAGCUCAAUCCCAUUUCACUCACUUGAACUCAGAAGGUGGCAGAAAACCCUAAUCGGAGAUGAGAGAGGAAGAAAUUGAGAAACUUCGAGGUGUUGUGAGGGACUGCGUAAGCAAGCACCUCUACUCUUCCGCCAUCUUCUUUGCAGAUAAGGUCGCCGCCUUUACCAAUGAUCCCGCCGAUAUCUACAUGCAGGCUCAGGCCCUCUUCCUCGGCCGCCAUUACCGUCGCGCUUUUCACCUCCUCAAUGCCUCUAAGAUAGUUCUCCGUGAUCUCCGCUUCCGCUACCUCGCUGCCAAGUGUCUAGAGGAGCUCAAGGAAUGGGAUCAAUGCUUAUUAAUGCUGGGUGAGGCUAAAGUGGAUGAACAAGGCAAUGUUUCUGACACAAAGGAUUCUAAUGUCAUGUACUUGGAUAAAGAUGGUGAAGAUCGUGAGAUCAAUAUAUCUUCUGCAAUAUGUUUCUUAAGAGGCAAAGCACAUGAAGCUCUGGAAAACCGUGCCCAGGCUCGAUUGUGGUACAAAGCUGCUAUAAAAGCUGACCCUUUAUGCUAUGAGGCUCUGGAAUGUCUUAUUGAAAAUCACAUGCUCACAUGUGAGGAGGAAGCAAAUUUGAUUUCAUCACUGCAAUUUGGUAGUGAAGAUGGAUGGCUUUCUUCAUUCUAUUCAUGCUUGAUAAAGAAGUAUGAGAAGGAAAAUGUUGUGGAAGCAAAGUUUCGAGACCUUGAGAACACAAGCUGUAAAAUUGACCAAUCUAAUCCUUCUUUCUUGCGUACACUGAAAACCAACACUGACCUAUUAGCCUGCAAAGCUGAAUACUACCAUCAGUGUGGUGAAUAUCAGAAAUGUUUUGAGUUAACAUCUGUUCUGCUUGAGAAGGAUCCUUUCCAUAACAAGACUACCUUAGUACAUCUGGCAGCUGCUAUGGAGCUUGGACAUUCAAAUGAGCUCUAUCUGAUGGCAUGCAAUCUGGUGAAGGAUUAUCCUCAAAAGGCUUUAUCUUGGUUUGCGGUUGGUUGCUAUUACUAUUGUAUCAAGAAGUAUGACCAGUCCCGUCGAUAUUUCAGCAAGGCAACGAGUCUAGAUGGAACGUUUGCACCAGCAUGGAUAGGCUAUGGGAAUGCUUAUGCUGCUAAAGAAGAGGGUGAUCAAGCAAUGUCGGCUUACCGCACUGCAGCUCGUUUAUUUCCCGGGUGCCAUUUGCCAACUCUUUACAUUGGAAUGGAAUGCAUGCGAACCCACAGCUAUAAGCUUGCUGAGCAGUUCUUUUUGCAGGCUAAGGCGAUUUGCCCCUCAGAUCCACUUGUAUUUAAUGAACUUGGAGUUGUUGCCUACCAUAUGCAAGAGUAUAACAAAGCAGUAUGGUGGUUUGAGAAAACAUUAGCCCUCAUCCCAUCCUCAUUAAGUGAAAUGUGGGAACCAACCGUAGUUAACCUUGCCCAUGCCUACAGGAAGUUGAAGAUGUAUGAUGAAGCAAUUUCAUACUACGAGAAAGCACUUGCAUUAUCAACAAGAAGUCUGAGCACGUAUGCUGGUCUAGCAUAUGCAUACCACUUGCAGGAUGACUUCACUACGGCUAUUACUUAUUAUCACAAAGCUUUGUGGCUUAAACCAGAUGACCCAUUCUGCACAGAAAUGUUAAGUUGGGCUUUAAUUGACGAAAGCCGGUGUGGGAUGCCAUCGAUUCCUUAGUUGAUCGAAUUUAGGUGAACUCUGAUUUUGAGUUUGAGGGGGUAACUAUAUUCACCUCUUUACAUGCGCGCGCGCGCGCGCCUCAACAUGCAUUAAUGUCGAGUUAAUGCAUUGCAAUUCUUAUAUCUUCUAUUUUAAGUUAUAGUUGAGGUAAUUUUUUUUUUUGGGGGAUAAAAAUAGUAGAGGUAAUAUUAUCAUGUGGAUAUUUUGCAAUAUAGCCUGUUUGUAAUUGAUAGGUUUUGCUCUUAUAAUGGUCUUAAUCUGAGCUGUAAGUAACUUGGUUUUUUUCCUCCAGACUGUUAGCCUGUUCCCCUUCCCUUGUAUAAUUUUUUUUAACUAUUUUUUUGAAAUUUUCCUCAUUGCAUUAUUUCCUAUUUUAAUGAAGCCUUGUGGAUAUUUUUGGA